AUGGGCAAACAAAAGGACAUUUUGGCCAAACUGGAAGGGACCUUUCAGAUUCGACACACGCUCCUUCGCCAGGGCAUGGCGGAAUGUUUGGGAACUCUCAUCCUGGUGAUGUUUAGCUGUGCCGCAGGGGCUCAGUGGAUGCUGAGCCGUGGCUCGCACGGGACAUUUCUCUCAGUCAACUUCGCUGUCGGAGGUGGUGCGGCACUGGGCGUCCUCGUCAGUGGACCUGUCUCAGGUGGACACCUCAACCCAGCUGUGACCUUUGCGCUGUGUUUGCUCGGCAGAGAGCCUUGGAGGAAGUUCCCCUUGUUCUUCUUCUUCCAGACUUUGGGAGCGUUCCUGGCAGCCGCUGUGGUAUUCUGUGUAUAUUUUGAUGCAAUUUGGGACUUUGGCCAUGGAGAGUUGCUUCUGGUAGGGCAGAACGCCACAGCUGGGAUUUUUGCCACGUAUCCAUCCAAACAUCUCUCAGCGCUCAAUGGAUUCACAGACCAGGUCAUCGGAACGGCAUCACUCGUCACGUGCGUCCUCGCCAUCGUUGACCCGCACAACAAUUCCGUCCCUAAAGGGCUCGAGGCGUUCCCCGUGGGCUUCUUGGUGACGGCCAUCGGCCUGUCUAUGGGGUUCAACUCGGGCUACGCCAUCAACCCGGCUCGGGACCUGGGGCCUCGCAUCUUCACGGCGAUCGCCGGCUGGGGCCUCAAAGUUUUCACCGUGAACAACUAUUGGUUCCUCAUUCCCAUCGGUGGUCCCUUAGUGGGCGCCGUGGUGGCGGUGAUGGUGUACCAGCUCGUGGUCGGAUACCACCUUAGCAGAGAAUCAUCACACAAGAUGAAGAAGAAGCAGAGGGAUGAGGAGAGCAGACACAAACUUUCCAACCUUGCAGCCAAAGAAGACGCAGCUUGA